GAAGUUUGAUGAAAAUGUGUUUUGAGUAUGGCUAAGUGAGAUAGCUAUCGAGUGCCUCUUGAAGCCGCGGCUGACGUCACUAUUUCACACACAACCUGCACGAAGUCAGCGGCCAACUUAAAACGCUGGGUUACAUCAACAAGCACUAAAGCACAACUCUCACAGCCUGAGUGGCAUGCACGCGCACACAGCGGCAUUAGCCUGCUCCGCUAAACCAAGCUAACCCAGCUAGCUUAUACUGGCUAUUGUACAUUUUUUCGCCGACUGAGCCGGUGUUUCCGGUUGCAGCCUCGACGUGUUAGUUCAGAGGACUGGCUAGUGUUUGUGAGGACAUGCCGCUGUGAAUGAGCGGUUCGCUGGGGAACUAUUUCCACGCACCCUAACCUUGCGAGCUCACCGCACAAUGAGAGAGCAGUCGGGACACAGUGAGGGGGAACUACCGCUGUUGCUACGGAGCCGGAUAUCCAACUGCCAAGGUGGAAUUAACAGCGACGGAGACGAAUAUCCAACGUCUAAAAUGAAACUAACUUCACCAACGUGCAGAGUGAUCCCUCUUGUCAUCCAGCCUGUGCGCUUCACCACUCCAGAGAGCAGAGGUCCCGUUUCUCGAUGUGCCGACUGGGGCAGUCAGGUGGAGGAUGAUGAGAUGAGGAGAGAUGUUCACAGAGACAUGCAACGGAGGAGGAUACUUGCUGCAGAUGUCACUCAGAGAGAGAGAAAAACAUCUUCUGGCUCUUCUGGCAGCUGUGACUCCAAAGAAGGCGACAAUGUGGAGAUGGAUGAGUCUGUGUUGCUGCGGCGACAGAAACAGAUCAACUACGGCAAGAACACACUGGCCUAUGACCGAUACGUCAAAGAAGUUCCUAAACACAUGCGACAGGCAGGUGUUCAUCCAAGGACUCCUAAUAAGUUUCGUAAGUAUAGUCGGCGUUCGUGGGAUCAGCAGAUCAAACUGUGGAGGGUGAAACUGCACGCUUGGGACCCGCCGACAGAGGGCGACAAAGACAAUUCUGUUGAACAGCUGGAUCUGGACGAUGUGAUGGACAUUGAGCUGGACUUCCCAAUCUUAUCCGAUUCUGGGAAUGGCACAUGCUCGCUCGCCACACACAGUCUUGCACUGGAGGAUGACGACUGUGCAGGAACCCCUGUCAAAAUGCAGAAGACGCAAUCAACAACAGAGCUCAACAUGGCGUAGCAUGCCGCCUAUUCAACAGUGUUUUACCUUCACACAUUACUAUGUAGUUCUUCAAACUAAUGACAUAUUCUCAGGGAUUGUUUCUUUACAGUCUUAUAGCAGGUUAUCGGUUCAAGUAUUAAUAGAGACACACAGCAGAGAUAGAAAUAGCAGAAAAUGGCAAAUUUACGAAAAAAAUUGUUUUCUUUUAAUGCUUCAUUGUAAGAUUGAAUUUCAGUGUACAAUUUUAAAAGCUGAAGGGUGUUGGGCUUUUUUUUUACACUGGUUGUGUUUUUUAAUAGAAAUGUAUUGUUUUGCUUCAUGGUGAAGACGUUGAAAUAAAAAAAAUGUGUAUGUCUAUUUUCUGAAACAUGAAUAGUGCUGCAGAACGGAAACGAGUCACUGGGUGAAAACGAAGUAAUACAUAAGGCGCACCUAAACGUGGCGCUGUAAACACAGACUAAGUAGUGUAACACCAAAAUCAUGGAAGAAUACGCAUGCGCACAAGGUCUGUCGUAUUCCGCUUGUCUCGAAUAAUAGCAAACACGGUGAGGCUGUAGUUCAGUUUUACUCUGUUAAGAUCUGGAACAAUCUUCCAGAAGAUGUGACACAAAUCUCAACAUAGACAAU